UGCUAAGGUACUUAUAGACUGAAAUAUUUUGAGCAACAAGCUUAUCACAACACUAUCGCUAUCAAAGCGAAUAUUUAUCAUUGUCUAGGUAGACUUCUGCAGGGGCUACACCUGCUAUUGUCAGUUUGAAACGUGAUUGGCUAGCGGAUAACGUGUUGGUGUGAAUUACAAGUUGAGUUUUCCGGACAUUGUUGUGUGAGAUCCAGUGGAGUUGGACACAGGAUUUAUUGGGACGCUGGCACAAAGCUACCCAACAAUGACAAGCGCCCAGCGCGAGGCGAGCGCCUUCACGAAGUUCCGCCUUCUGAUGUGGAAGAACUUCCUGAUACAAUGGCGGCAUCCGGCGCAGACUGUGGCGGAGCUCCUGGUGCCUGUACUGGCCAUGUCUCUGGUGAUGGUGCUUCGGUCUCAGAUCAUGCCGACUAUGGAAGACAGGGUGGACUAUCCGCCGUUCCCGGCGCACACGCUGCAGUAUUCGUCUGUUGUUUUAGCCGGCAUGAAUGUAACAAGAAUGUCCAUAGCGUACUCCCCAACCAGCCCGGUCCUACAAGACGUGGUGCAGAUGGCAUCUCUCAAAUUGCUUGUCAACAAUUAUAAAGUUCUUCUACCGCUCCUGAUUGAGCAGCUAGAGAAUUUCAUUCCAGGUUUUGAUCCUGGUAUUCUGGAAAAUCUAGAUCCGACACAGCUACCUGAUGAUGUUUUAGAUCUUUUGAAGAUUUUAGUGAACUCGGUAGGGUAUGAAAACAGCGCAGAGCUCAAAGGAAUUUAUAGAAAUGAAGAGUCGACGCGAACUGUCAUUGCGGCUGUGGAGUUUCCGGAUGAACUACUCGGAGCGACAACCAUACCUCUGAACAUGUCCUACGCGCUCCGCUUCCCCGAGAAGCCCCGUCUGAACUCGUUCUUCGGGCAGGGCGGGCGCUCGUGGCGCACCACGCUCGUGUUCCCUACGUACCCGACCCCGGGGCCGCGGUUCCCGUACUCGUAUGAGGGCGGGAACGAUCCCGGUUACGUGAACGAGAUGUUCAUAGCACUCCAGCAAUGCAUCUCUAUGGAGCUCAUCUCCAGGAUGACUGGACAGAGUCUAGACCUGGACGUGAAGAUCCAGAGGUUCCCCCACCCGCCCUACACCCUGGACGGGGCGAUACAGGCCCUGCUUCUGUUGUUCCCCAUGUUCUUUAUUCUGAGCUUCAGUUACACGGCCGUUAAUCUGGUCAGGGCUGUCACUGUUGAGAAGGAAUCGCAGCUGAAGGAAGCAAUGAAAAUUAUGGGUCUCCCCACCUGGUUGCACUGGACGGCUUGGUUUUGCAAACAAUUCCUAUUUCUUCUCGUCAUUGCUGUGUUAAUAGUGCUGCUUUUAAAGAUAAACUGGUUCACGACACCUGAAGGUUUCAGCGAGUUUGCCGUGUUCACGCACACGCCGUGGUCGGUGCUGCUCUUCUUCACGCUGCUGUACCUGGUCUGCGUCAUCUUCCUCUGCUUCAUGGUCAGCAGCUUCUUCGCUAAAGCCAGCACAGCGGCGCUGUUCAUGGGCGUGACGUGGUUCAUCCUGUACAUCCCGGCGGUGCUGCUGUCCAUGGACGAGAGCGUGUCUCUGGCGGCGCAGGUGCUGGCGUGCCUCAGCGUCAACACCGCUAUGUCCUACGCCUUCCAGCUCAUGAUCACUGAGGAGAGCAAUGGGGGUCUCCAAUGGGGCAAGUUCUUCUUCACCCCCGCGGCCGACGAGCCGCGCCUGCUCUUCGGCCACGUGGUGCUCAUGAUCGUACUGGACUGUGCCCUGUACUUGCUAGUGGCGUUGUACUGCGAGCAGGUCAUGCCGGGGCCCUUCGGCACGGCGCGGCCCUGGUACUUCCCGUUCACGAGGGAGUUCUGGUGGAGCGACGGGAAGGCUAGCGAUGGCGUGGUAAUAGUAGACGAGACGCAACACGAUGUCACUAAAGAGGAGGACCCGAAGGAUUAUACUCCGGGAGUCAAGAUAUCGAAUCUGACGAAGGUGUACGGGGCGAAUGUGGCGGUGAACAAUCUGAGUCUGAACAUCUUCAACGACCAGAUCACGGUGCUAUUGGGGCACAAUGGCGCCGGCAAGUCCACCACCAUCUCGAUGCUCACUGGCAACGUAUCAGCAACCAGCGGCUCCAUCUGGCUAGCAGGCUACGACAUCGCGCAUCAACUGAAGGCGGCGCGCGCGCAGGUCGGCCUGUGCCCGCAACACAACGUGCUGUUCAGCGAACUCACUGUCAGGGAGCACCUGGAGUUCUUUGGAAGGCUGAAGGGGCUGAGCGGGGAGGGGCUGGCUGAGGAGAUCGAGAGCUUGAUCGAGAAACUGGAGAUGCAGGAGAAGCGCGACUACCAAUCAGGCGGCCUGUCGGGCGGUCAGAAGCGGCGGCUCUGCGUGGGCAUAGCCCUGAGCGGCGGCGCGCGCGUGGUGCUGCUGGACGAGCCCACGUCCGGCAUGGACCCGGCCUCGCGCCGCGCGCUGUGGCACCUGCUGCAGCAGGAGAAGAAAGACCGCGCAAUGAUCCUGACCACGCAUUUCAUGGACGAGGCGGACUACCUCGGCGACCGUAUCGCCAUCAUGUCCGGCGGCAAGCUGCAGUGCGUGGGCUCGCCCUACUUCCUCAAGAAGCACUACGGCGUCGGAUACACCCUUGUCAUAGUGAAGGGUGAAGCGUUCAAUAAGGACGCCUGCACGGAGUUGAUCAAGAAGUAUAUUCCUGAUGUGCCCGUUGGGGGUGAUAAAGGUAAAGAAGUUACGUAUUCGCUGUCUAAUGACCACAGUCACAUAUUCGAAGAUCUCCUCACGGAUUUAGAGAACAACAUGGAAAGUAUCGGGUUUAAGGACUACGGGCUAUCUGCGACCACCAUAGAAGAUGUCUUUAUGUCGGUGGGUUCAGACGUGGUGCACGACGGCGCCGACUCGGACGCCGCCACCGCCACCGACGCGCUCAGUGAAGACACGGAGUGCCCCGGCUGCGAGGGCUCCGACUGCCCCGGCUGCGGGGGCUCCACGGAAUACUUGGACGGUCAGCAGCAGACGCUCUCGGGCGCGGCGCUGGUCUGGCAGCACGCGCGCGCCAUGUGGCUCAAGCUGUGGCUGGUGUGGAGCCGCUCCUGGGGCCUGCUGCUGCUGCAGAUCCUGAUCCCGCUGGUGAUCAUCAACGCGACGCUCGGCAUCCUGCAGUACAUGGUGUCUCUCACCGACAACGUGCAGGAGAGGCACCUCACGCUCAACCAGGGCUUCCUCGAAACGGAGACGUAUCUGAACUACAAUAACGUGUCGAACAUCACAUCGGGAGCCGUGGAGGCGUACCGGGAUCUGUUCAACGACAGCACCACGCGGUUGACUGUAGUGGAAGACGACACGAUACCUGAAUAUUACAUUAAUCAGAGUACGGACGCCCUAACCCUAAGCACGAUGCGUACGCAAGUGCUGAUCGGGGCGUCUUUCGAUAACGCGACCGCGACGGCGUGGUUCAGCAACUUCGGCUACCACGACGUGGCGAUAUCCCUGGCGACGCUCCACAAGGCUCUGUUGAAGGCUGUGCUGCCUGGGGCUCAGCUGAACGUCACUAACCACCCGCUUGAGACUAACUAUGAGGAUACUAAUGAUUUGCGAUUGAUAGUGGUCUUGCUAUCGAUGCAGUUCUCCAACGGACUGGGCAACAGCGUCAGCAUCGUCAGCGCGGUCUUCAUCAUGUUCUACAUCAAGGAGCGGUUGUCCCGUGCCAAGCUCCUGCAGAAGGCGUCAGGCCUGCAGCCAGUGGUGAUGUGGGGCAGUGCGGCCGUCUUCGACUGGCUCUACUUCAUGAUCAUCAGCCUGACCUUCAUCGUCUCGUGCGUGGCCUUCCAGGUCACCGGCUUGUCCAGUGCCAUUGAGUUGUCUCGUAUGUUUCUGCUCCUGGUGCUGUACGGCGCGGCGGUGACGCCAAUGCUGUAUCUACUGUCGUACUUGUUCAGCGGACCCGCAUUUGGAUUCGUUGUACUGGUGUUUACCAACUCUUUGCUUGGUUUGAUGGGUGCACAGAUAGUUGAAGCUCUGUAUUCAUUGGAUGUUAAUGAACAAAUUCCUGAUAUAAUGGAUAGUAUACUUCAGUUCUUCCCACUUUACAGUCUGGUGACAUCCGUAAAGAAAGUCCACGAGAUUAGCUUGAAGGAAUGGUCGUGUAUCAAAGGGUGCGAUUUCUUCAUCAGUGCUGGAAUACUAACACCCGAUCAAUGUACGCCAGAAUUCCUGUGUUCAUUUAAUCAAACUACGUGCUGUUUUGAACAGGACGCGUACUUCAACUAUGAAGAACCGGGAGUGCUCCGGUACAUCCUCAGCACGCUGUUGUCUUGUAUCAUAUUCUGGGCCAUGCUCAUGUUUAUCGAAUACAGGAUUUACAGUAAAAUAUUUAACCGCAACAAAGUUCCACCGCCGAUUGACCCUAACUCUCAGGACGAUGAUGUGGUCGAGGAAGCCAAACAUGUGGACUUUAUUGGAGAGGCCGGGACGAAGCAACACAACCUAGUCGCUAAAAACCUCUCCAAAUAUUACGGCAAAAACUUGGCUGUUAAUCAAGUUUCAUUUAGUGUUGGUGAAAUGGAGUGCUUCGGAUUACUUGGGGUGAAUGGAGCUGGAAAAACCACAACAUUCAAGAUGUUGAUGGGAGAUGAGACUGUGUCUAGCGGCGACGCCUUCGUACGCGGCCAUUCCGUUACCAAAAACAUAAAGAAAGUUCAUGAGAACAUUGGUUACUGUCCUCAAUUCGACGCUCUAUUCGAGGAACUGACGGGCAGAGAGACCUUGAGGUUCUACGCUUUAUUGCGAGGCCUAAAGCCGAAUACGAUUGUGGCGCUCACAGAAUACUUGGCUAAUAGUCUUGGCUUUACUAAACAUUUAGACAAAAGGGUAUACCAAUACUCCGGCGGCAACAAACGUAAGCUUAGCACAGCUGUAGCCUUGAUGGGUUACGGGCGUUGUAUAUUCCUGGACGAGCCUACAACAGGCGUGGACCCGGCGGCCAAGCGGCAAGUCUGGAGGGCCAUUCGCAAAGCCACAAGAAGUGGCAGAAGUGUGGUACUCACGUCGCAUAGUAUGGAAGAAUGUGAGGCGCUGUGUUCCAGGUUGACUGUGAUGGUGAACGGUCAGUUCAUGUGUUUGGGCACGCCGCAACAUCUGAAGAAUAAAUUCUCUGAAGGAUUUACAUUGACAAUCAAAUUGAACGUGGCUGAUGAUCUCACCAAUGUUCAAACAGUAGCAGUGAAGGACUACGUCAACUUAAACUUCACAGAACCAAAACUAAUGGAGGAGUACCAAGGCCUCCUGACGUACUACCUGCCGGACCGCUCCAUGCGCUGGUCUCGCAUGUUCGGCACCAUGGAGCGCGCCAAGCGCACCCUGGCGGUGGAGGACUACAGCAUCUCGCAGACAACCCUCGAGCAGAUCUUCCUGCAGUUCACCAAGUAUCAGACGCAGACUACUGAGUUAUAGGGUGCAGAGACUGGGUCGUUUAUAAGGGAGGAUUUGGAGAGACUGGGGGUGGAUUUUCGUCGCAAGUCGCUCCUCAGUGCUGGGAGAGCAAGUCUGGUGAUGUAGCCGAAAUUAGGGCUCCAACACGUAAACACUGAUACGACGUCGUGUCGUGCCACUCUCUCGCUCUCUCCCAUUGAACACCUUUGAGUGGAAAGGGAGCUUAGACGGUUGUUUUUUCUUGCGCUGUGAUAACCGUGCGUUUUAGUCACCCGUGUAAACGCUCAAUAAGUGAUAUACCUAUGUUCUACUUGUUUAAGACAAAAGAAAGGGUUACUUUAAUCCAUGCUGUGCUACACCAACCUAUUUAGUGAUUGUAAUACUUUUAUACUACUAAUACUUUUUACUAUUAAAUUAUAUUUAUAUUUUUGUA